UUUAAAGCUUUACGGAAUGCCUUACCGACCAGCAAACUUUUACGAUGCAGAUCUCAAGAUAUGGAGAGGGGAUCAGGUUAAACACUAUUUCGACCCACAUCUGUCCAUGGGAGAGAUCAUCUUUCAGGAGAUGCGGCGUCACCCACAACUCAUUGCCCAGAUCUCGGCCACUGAGAACACAAUCUUGACCAGGGAGGAACUACAUGCCAACUCAAUGAAAGUGGCCAGCUAUAUGCGAUCCUUGGGUCUCCUUCAAUCCGAUGUGGUGGGCCUUAUAGGCAGGAAUACCACCCACAUGUCCGCCGUGGCAUAUGCCUGUUUCUUCAACGGAAUCGCCUUCCACUCGCUGAACAUUAACUAUGAGCGGAGCACCAUUGAAGAGCUAUUUAACAUAACCAAGCCACGCCUUAUUUUCUGCGAUGGAGAUGAGUUCAAGAAGAUGCAAGCUGCCACCGCAUCCCUAGAUGUGAAGAUCAUCACCAUGCGCAAUCAUCCAACGGAUUCCAUCAGUAUUCAUGAAGUGCUAACCACUCCCAUCGAGGAAAACUUUCAGCCGGCUCGCCUGGAGCAGGGCAACGAUCAGACACUGGCCAUACUCUGCUCCUCGGGCACAACUGGAAUACCAAAGGCUGUGACCAUUAACCAUAGCCGCCAGAUUUUGGCUGGCAACCAAUGUCUUACCACCAGCGACGUCCAGUACACCCACAGCACCCUCGACUGGAUCACCGGACUACUGAUCACCAUCACUUCCGGGGUGUUCAGCACAAAGCGCAUAAUAGCGGACAAUGUAUUCGAUCCCGCCUUCUUCAUACGACUCGUCGAGGAAUACAAGAUCACAUGGAUAAUUCAGCCUCCGUCGCACAUGGCCAUGAUAACAAACUCACUGGCUUUCCAGACAGCGGAUCUUUCAAGUGUCAGGUGUUACCUCUUCGGAGGAUCCCGGGCUUCGGUGGAGACACAGCAUCGUAUCAGGAAUCGUCUGAGCCGAGACUGCCUGCAAUUUGGAUACGGAUUUACGGAACUGGGAGCGAUGGCAUCCAUGAAUUUUCACUUCGAUGAGAAACCCAACUCAGUAGGUCGCCUGGUAAGUGGCGUCAAGCUGAAGAUAGUCUGCGAGCAGGGAGAAUCCCUCGGCCCCGAUGAGGUGGGGGAGGUGUGCAUUAACAAUGGCCAGCACUGGGCGGGAUACUAUGGCAAUCCGGAGGAGACCCGCAAGAUACGAGACCCGCAGCUGUGGUUCCACAGCGGUGACCUUGGGUACGUGGACGAUGACGGGUUUCUGUACAUUGUGGAGCGCAAAAAGGACAUGUUGAAGUAUCAGAAUAUCAUGUACUAUCCCAACGAUAUCGAACGAGUUAUCUCAGAGAUGCCAGAUGUGGCCGAGGUGUGUGUCUUUGGGGUAUGGGAUCAGAUCAAUGGAGACGAGGCCGCUGCUGCCGUGGUUAAGAAGCAGGGCAGCGAUCUCAAGGCCCAGGACAUUGUGGACUAUGUGAAGGAACAUAUUGAGGCCAAAUAUAAGCAGUUAAAUGGAGGAGCCAUCAUUGUGGAGGAUCUUGUGCGAUCGCCCAAUGGAAAAACGAACCGCAUGGCCACCAAGGCGUACUUCCUGGAAGUCAAGAACUCAAAGUAGAUCAAAGGUCUCAAAGAAAUCAGAAGAAAUACAUUGCAAUCCCAAGAUAUUUCAUAAAUUCUUAAGUUUAAGUAGUUAUACCUAUAGCAUAAAUAAAGAAAUCUAUAAAUUAAA